CUAACAAUGGUGCGGAGCGCCGGCGCGAAGCCCGCGUCCGCCCCGCGGCCGUAGAGGAAGUGGCCGGCUCCGGGUGGGGUGGGCAGGGAGACGCCCCCCGCCGCUCGCUCGAAGGAGUUUGCCUGCGCGCCGGGCCUCUCCGGCCCCGAGCCCGGCUCCCCGCCGGAUCACCGACGGCAGUCGAACCGGAGAGUAUGGUGCCAGCGCCCGGCUUAAUCUAGUCUCCGGCUCGCUGCUUCUUUCCGCCUCCUCGUCUUCCUCCUCCUUUACCUCCUGUCGGAGCUGCCUCUGGGUUCCCGGUGUGUGGGAGUACAACUCUCUGCCUCUCCAAGGAGACCGGUUUGUGACAGCCUAACAGAACUUGCCCAUUGAAAGCAAACCCAGAACAGCUGGAUAAUGUCCACUCCGAGCAGAUUCAAAAAGGACAAAGAGAUCAUAGCCGAGUAUGAAAGUCAAGUCAAAGAAAUUCGAGCUCAGCUGGUAGAACAGCAAAAAUGCCUGGAACAGCAAACAGAGAUGAGAGUUCAGCUUCUCCAGGACCUGCAGGAUUUCUUCCGGAAAAAAGCUGAAAUUGAGACGGAAUAUUCUCGGAACCUAGAGAAGUUAGCAGAAAGGUUCAUGGCAAAGACAAGAAGCACUAAGGAUCAUCAACAGUACAAGAAAGACCAGAACUUGUUGUCUCCAGUGAACUGCUGGUAUCUGCUUCUGAACCAAGUGAGAAGAGAGAGCAAAGACCAUGCAACCUUGAGUGACAUCUACCUGAACAAUGUGAUUAUGCGGUUCAUGCAGAUAAGUGAGGACUCGACCAGGAUGUUUAAAAAGAGCAAAGAGAUUGCAUUCCAACUUCAUGAGGAUUUGAUGAAGGUCCUUAAUGAACUCUAUACGGUGAUGAAAACAUACCAUAUGUAUCACGCAGAGAGCAUCAGUGCAGAGAGCAAGCUGAAAGAGGCUGAGAAACAGGAAGAGAAGCAAAUCGGAAGGUCUGGGGAUCCCGUCUUUCAUAUCAGACUGGAAGAGAGACAUCAGCGGCGAAGCUCUGUAAAGAAAAUUGAAAAAAUGAAAGAAAAAAGACAAGCAAAGUAUUCAGAAAAUAAGCUAAAAUCGAUUAAGGCACGGAAUGAGUAUCUCCUAACCCUUGAAGCAACCAAUGCCUCAGUUUUCAAGUAUUAUAUUCAUGAUCUUUCAGACUUAAUUGACUGCUGUGAUCUUGGCUACCAUGCAAGUCUGAACAGAGCCCUGAGAACAUAUCUCUCUGCAGAGUAUAAUCUUGAAACUUCCAGACAUGAAGGUUUAGACAUUAUUGAGAAUGCAGUUGACAAUUUGGAGCCCAGGAGCGAUAAGCAGAGAUUCAUGGAGAUGUACCCUGCCGCAUUCUGUCCACCAAUGAAAUUCGAGUUUCAGUCUCACAUGGGUGAUGAGGUUUGUCAGGUCAGCGCCCAGCAGCCGGUCCAGGCAGAGCUCAUGCUCAGGUACCAGCAGCUGCAGUCCCGACUGGCCACGCUCAAAAUCGAGAAUGAGGAGGUGAAAAAAACGACCGAAGCCACCUUGCAGACCAUACAAGAUAUGGUCACCAUAGAGGACUACGAUGUCUCUGAAUGCUUCCAGCAUAGCCGCUCCACAGAGUCUGUGAAGUCUACAGUCUCUGAGACCUACCUGAGUAAGCCCAGCAUCGCCAAGAGAAGAGCAAACCAGCAGGAGACAGAGCAGUUCUACUUCAUGAAACUCAGAGAAUAUUUGGAAGGUAGUAAUCUCAUCACAAAGCUUCAAGCCAAACAUGACUUGUUGCAGAGGACCCUUGGAGAAGGUCAUAGAGCUGAGUAUAUGACUACAAGGCCUCCAAAUGUUCCCCCUAAGCCCCAGAAACACAGGAAGUCCAGACCCCGCUCACAGUAUAAUGCUAAGUUGUUUAAUGGGGAUUUGGAAACAUUCGUCAAGGACUCAGGACAGAUUAUCCCUCUCAUUGUGGAAAGCUGUAUUCGGUUCAUCAACCUCUAUGGUCUUCAGCAUCAGGGGAUUUUCAGAGUGUCUGGUUCCCAGGUGGAGGUCAAUGAUAUUAAAAAUUCAUUUGAGAGAGGUGAAAACCCUUUAGCUGAUGACCAGAGUAACCAUGAUAUUAACUCAGUGGCUGGCGUUCUGAAGCUCUAUUUCCGUGGGCUGGAAAACCCCCUCUUUCCUAAGGAAAGAUUUAAUGAUCUGAUUUCUUGUAUCAGAAUAGAUAAUCUCUGUGAGAGGGCGCUUCACAUCCGCAAACUCCUCCUGACCUUGCCUAGGUCCGUCCUUAUAGUGAUGAGGUACCUCUUUGCCUUCCUCAAUCACCUUUCACAGUACAGCGAUGAGAACAUGAUGGACCCGUAUAACCUGGCCAUUUGUUUUGGCCCCACAUUAAUGCCUGUCCCAGAAAUACAGGAUCAAGUGUCUUGUCAGGCUCAUGUGAAUGAAAUUGUCAAAACCAUCAUCAUCCACCAUGAAACUAUUUUCCCAGAUGCUAAAGAGCUGGAUGGCCCUGUUUAUGAGAAGUGUAUGGCUGGAGACGACUACUGUGACAGCCCAUACAGUGAGCACGGUACAUUGGAGGAAGUGGAUCAGGACGCUGGUACAGAGCCCCACACCAGUGAAGACGAAUGUGAGCCAAUAGAAGCGAUAGCCAAGUUUGACUACAUGGGGCGAUCUGCCAGAGAGCUGUCCUUCAAGAAGGGGGCCUCCCUGCUGCUGUAUCACCGGGCGUCUGAGGACUGGUGGGAAGGCCGGCACAACGGCAUCGAUGGGCUCGUGCCGCACCAGUAUAUUGUGGUGCAGGAUAUGGACGAUACGUUUUCAGACACUCUGAGCCAAAAAGCUGACAGCGAGGCCAGCAGUGGGCCAGUCACUGAGGACAAGUCUUCAUCCAAGGACAUGAACUCCCCAACAGACCGGCACCCUGACAGCUAUCUAGCCAGACAAAGAAAAAGAGGAGAACCACCCCCUCCAGUCAGGCGUCCUGGCAGGACCAGUGAUGGCCAUUGCCCCUUGCACCCACCGCACGCUCUUUCCAACUCCUCAGUUGACCUGGGGUCCCCAAGCCUGGGAGGUCACCCCCGGGGCCUGCUACAGAACCGUGGCCUCAACAAUGACAGUCCUGAGAGGAGGCGCCGGCCAGGCCACGGCAGCCUGACCAAUAUCAGCCGGCACGACUCCCUCAAGAAGAUCGACAGUCCUCCUAUUAGAAGGUCCACGUCAUCGGGGCAAUACACAGGCUUCAAUGACCAUAAGCCAUUGGACCCAGAGACAAUCGCUCAGGAUAUCGAGGAGACGAUGAACACUGCUCUGAAUGAACUGCGAGAACUGGAGAGACAGAGUACAGCAAAGCAUGCCCCCGACGUGGUGCUGGACACCUUAGAACAAGUGAAGAACGCUCCCACCCCGGCCACGUCUACGGAAUCUCUCAGCCCUUUGCACAACGUGGCCCUCCGCAGCUCAGAGCCGCAGAUCCGACGGAGCACUAGCUCCUCCAGUGAUACAAUGAGUACUUUCAAGCCUAUGGUGGCACCCAGAAUGGGUGUGCAGCUGAAGCCACCAGCCCUCCGGCCAAAACCUGCUGUUCUUCCAAAAACAAACCCUACCAUAGGACCUGCCCCACCUUCCCAAGGUCCAGCAGACAAGUCUUGCACAAUGUGAAGACCAAGUGGGCAAGGUCAUCUGGGCUGGUGAUUUUAAAAGAAACAGGUCACUGACAAAAGUCACUGAUCCAUAACUUUCCUUGUGCUUAUAACUGGAGAUUUUUGGCUUUUCUAUGUUCUCGAAUGUAAUGUCUGAGACUAGCUAAAUUAACAGGGGCAUUUGUAUUUUGUAAUUUUUUUCCUUUUUUUUUUUAAAUAACUGGACAUAUCUAUGUCAUUUUAAAGACAAUAGAAACACUUAGAUUUACUUGAAAAUCCAAUGCUGCACCAUUUGUAAUGAAGGCAACACCGCUCCAGCCUCCGUGUGGUAGAGUGCUUUGGGCUUAGUAUAGUGUGGGUGAGUCAGAAACGUCUGGAUCCAAAGGCAUGAGAAUCGGAGUUCCAGGCCCCGGUGUGAAACCACUGUUGGCCUGCAUGGCACUUGGGGUAGUAGCUGAAAGGUUGCCAGUGGCAUUGUUAGGUAGCUGACCAUGAGCCCCUCUGCCCCGUGCAGUGGGACGUUCCCGGGAGAACUUGCAUUCCACCACCUGAAUGAGUUGGAUGGUUGCCUUUUUCAUAAGAGCCAUUUCCCUCGGGUCCAGGUUAAAAGCUCAAAAGAAUGGGGUCAAAAAAAAAAAAAAAAAAGAAUGGGGUCAGAACCCCUGCAGUUACUGCUUGAGCUAAACCUAAGAAAGGAGAGAGAGAGAAUCCUCCGGAGCUCUCAGCGUGACUCCUUCCACAAGCCUGCUUAGGCCCCCGAAGAUUUCCAAGUCCAUCCCCUGCAUUCACAAAGGACCAGAACAGUCUAAUUUCAAAGACUUGUGGUUACGCUACUCCCCAGACUCCUUCAGAGAUCUGUUGUUGCUAACUGUCUAGGGAAUACUUCUAGCUCCCCUAAAUCGCUGUGUUCUCCCCCUGGAAAUGGAGCACGAACACGGCACACAAGUCCUUGCCUCACUCAGCUUUCUCUGCCAGCUAAAUGACCUCGGUUCCUUUAAACAUGCUACAGAGGCCUGAGGAACCUAAGUGGAAUCCCCAGCUCUGCUCUCCGUGUGUCUUUCUGAGCCAGCCAAGAACUAGCUACGGUACCCAAGGACGGGCCAUGCUGGCCCAGGUGGGAGGGGCACCUCAUGGUUCCAUGGUGACUUCCUUCCAACCUAGCACCCUGGAUCCAUUGACUUUUUCCUUUUUUUUUUCCACAUGGCCUCAAGAGAACUCAGAUAGUCAGGUGAACUCCAUGAGGGACCCUCUUCCUCUGACAUCUGAGCCCCCAAAACAGUUUUCUCUGUGUUUUUCCUCUAUCUUAAAAAGUUGUUUUGAAUUCAGUUGUUUUUGCUAAGGUACAAAUCACCACUCCUACCAACAGCAGCUUAUGUCAUCCUCUCUCUGUCACUGAACUUACUGAUGAAGAGACUUUUUUUCUUUUCUUUUCUUUUCUUUUUUUUUUUUUCUAAGAAAAAUGGAUGGCACAGACUAACCCCUCUCCCUCUCAACCACCAUUAUUUCCUUCUAGGUUUGGAUUCAAACUGGCAGCCACUGGGCUGCCCAUCCAAGAGUGACAGAGUAUGGACUUGAAUCUGUUAACCCACUAGCGAAUGCCUCCUGCAGGAAAGAAUGAGGAUCUGUACUAAAAAUCAAGAUCGUUACUGUGAUCUCUCCCUCUAUCUGCCAAUUUAAUCAUUCUAAUGCAGAGAGAUAGGAUAGUAAUCCAUUAAUAAGAUAAGGUUACCUUUCAAAGUCACACUUCUGGUUGCUUGUCUGUGGCCUAAUUUCACAAGUGGAUUGAAUGGAGAAUUUUUUUCAAGUAUUUCCAGGUAUGGUAAGCUUUCAAAUCUGAGUUUUCUGAAGCAUCCUCUUUGCCCACUUUGAAAACGAUGCCCCAUCGGCAUCUUAUCCGGCCCCUCACCAGGGGUCUCUUGAGCCUCAGUGGUCCCUCAACAACUCAAGACACCAUGGACACUCAGCCAGGAUUGAGCUCUGAAUAGCACUAACCCUUUUAAACCAUCUUCCCAAAUUCCUCGGAAAUUGAAACUUUCCUGAAAAACCUCUCAGUUCUUUUCAGAUUCCACUUUGGUCUCUAAUUCUCUGCUACUAUAUGGGGAAACAGAAGCAGAGAACAAAAAUGAAAUCAAUGAAGUGGGGAGGAGACUUUAGAUAUUUUUUAGACAUUGAAAGAAAAAGUAUUUCUUUAAAGCAUUUUUUCCAUCUUUGAUGGAAGAGUAAGAUGUGAACAGAGGUCAUCAAAAGGGCAGAGGCAUGUUGAAUUUAUUAUGGGGAGAAGAGGUAUCUUUUACAAGUUAUAACUUAGAUCUUACUCCUGCAAGUUUAUGUCUUAAGAUUUUUCCCUGGUAAUCCCGCGCAAUGUCUCCUCUCUUCGGUGUUUACACCUCUGAUGAAACGAGGAUUGCCUCUCCAACCACCAAAUUCGGAUUCUGCUCCCUUGGGUAGCAGAAGACAUGCUGCUCUAAAGCCUCAGGACCUCAGAGGCUGUGCCUUCUUGCAGGAAACAUCUCAUGCUCUCCCCUCACUCCCUUAACAUCUCUCUCUCUUCUCUCCCUAUACUCCUGGUGAUAUCCUGAAGCCUUUCUUUUUCUUUUUCUUUCUUUUUUUUUUUUUUCCGUCUCCCCUCCCCCAUUCCCAUGGAUGUGACCUCACAGCAAGUAAGGACUCACCUUUUCUUACUUUGUUUUAGUAAGGAGUCUUCAGAUUCCAGGGCCACUUCACAAAGGAUCCAGAAUAACACCCUGUAAGCUCAUUAAAAGUUUCUGCAGCCGGAGGUCACCCAGCACGUGGCCCUCUGUACAGCUACAGGUGUAGCAGUGGGGAGGAGGGACGGUGCGAGGGAUGGGCAGAAGGAAAAGAACCUGGAGAUGUUACAAUCCCCAGUUUCAAGGACCAGAUCCUUCUUCAUGCACAGUUUGGAAAGAAUCAUUCUGAUGGCUCUAAAGAGCUGAGCAGACUCCACUUACACAAGAAUAGAUACUCACAGCUGAUACAACUGUUCAUGUCCCAUCCACAGAACUCAACUGAAGUAGGCUUACCAAGUUGACCUUUUGGUCAGGGUCAGGGUUGUUAGGAGAGGAUCAUUAGGAGAGAGAGAAAAGUACUUAGUAUAGAUUUUCUGAUGAGUGUCCUAUAAAUGAUUUGAGCCAGUCAAAUGGCCCUAUGCAGAGCUCUACAUUCAUGUUCAAUCAACACUAUCGCUCAACAGUUUUGCACAUUUUCACGCAACGUAAUUUGACUUUGGUGCUCCUUGAGCCAUACAUAGAAAAAUUUACAGCAGGGUCCCACUUACUCUACGGCAGUGAGCGUGAACAGCCCUCAGUGGAUAGAGCAGGUCACACUGUAUCAGUCGAGAGUUUUCUUGGUACUUUUGCCAUUCCCAAAAUGAGCUUGUAAUUUAAUUAAGGAAAAGAUACAAGUGGGAAGGGUAGUGGUCUCUUCAGCUUUGGGAAUGACAUGGGGUCUAUAAAAUGAAGAAACUUUAAUAUGAUAAUUACAGCCUCUAAAAUUUAAAGAGCCCACACUAUAUGUUAGGUAACUGGAAUUUAAAUAAACUUUCAGAAAAUAAAGAGCCCAGAGAUCCUUUGAGGGUUUAGAAGACUUCGGAUUUGGGAUCACAUUCAUUUUAUUCCACAAUAGUGAGAGGCCACGAAUGCAGGAAAAGCACUUGGGACUGAGUCGUGCCCUGGGUUACCCACCACUGACUCCGCAGAAGGGGAGCGACUUAGAGGUAAAGGCUCACCCAUGUAUGCAAUAGAGCUCCCCACUCCAGACCCCCCCCACCCCAGCUGAAAACCCAGCCUCCAGCUGGGCUGGGGUGUCCGGCUGUGUUUGGCACACAUACUACCCCCCACUACCCCUGGUUCAGAUCAGUAAAACAAACUGGAAAUCAAGCUUUCACUUACCCUAGUAUACUUUCUUUAAAAAAAAAAAUAGUCUAUGUGGUAUAAUCGAAUGGGUACCUGUAUCUUUAAAUUACAUAGGGACUUUUGUAUGUUUAAAUAAUUGUACUGGGUUCCAUAAUGCUUAUCUUAGAAACUGUUUAGUAAAAUAUAUAAGCCGUGCAUUUGUGAAUGCCCCCUUUAGAGCAUUCAUCCAAGUUCAAUGUGUAGUGUGAUGGUUAUUCUAGAUGUUUAAAGUAAAGUGAGUGGCUGUGUAACAGGAGAGACUGCUAUUUACCUAUGGACUGGAGGGUAACUCCUGCCCACUUAAUUAAAUCAGUAUUGUCCUUUUCUGUUGGUUUGAUCAAUUACAGUACUGGUAGCUUCCUGCUUGUGACUGUUACCUAAAUGGUGUCUAUGUACAUCUGUAGUAUGUACAUGUGAAGUGCCUUUCUAUUUUAGAGGAGUUUUAGCCUUGCUUUUUACUGUUUCCCGCCCCCCCCCAUCCAUCCACCCCACCCCGCUCCUGCUCCCUGACAACCCCCUCCCUUCACCCCCACCUCCGCUUCCAGCCCCAAUUCCUACCGCCCACAGGAGUGGAAACUUCCUCUGCCUUCUCCCUGCUUCUCCGUGCCCUUUCCUGUGCCUCGGUGCUCAGUAUCGUCCGUCUUGCAUCCUUGUCGGUCAUCAGACUGUCUCGUUUUGCUGGUAGCCGUGACUGUGCCUUUCCCGCCCGCAGUGUCCCCGCAUCCCCCCUCCCUCUCUGAUCUGCUGCCGCCCAACGUGCGUCGCCUGUGUUCUGUGCGCCUGUUACAGUCCCUGGGCUCUGAGGCAGAAAUAGGGGGGAUGCUGUUACAGUUCUGGAAGAAAAGAAAUGUUUUGUGUUGUGACAAUGCACUUUUAUGUAUAGUACUGUACAUUCUGGCAUGUACCACUCCAGGCUUCAGUAUACAGUCGGGUCUGCUCUUCACGGUGUAUCUUUAUAAUAAAUAAGAUAGUUCUGGCUGCCUUUGUCUUCGA